UGUGGACUAUCUGACCCUUUUGUAGUAGGUAACUAUACUCUUACCUCGAGUUCCAGAUCUUUCACGGCGGAUCUCUCAUGUGAGCCGGCUACGAUGGAGAGCGAACUUCAGGUAUAUUGUCCCUCUAAUUCUAGCUGCACCAAUAUAUAUGCUACGAUGGCCGCCAAGAAUGACAACUGCCGGAUCACAUCAUUUCCGAAGGACAACCAAACCUUUCUAAUAAGCAACAAUGGCAUGGAAUAUGGAGUCUGGUAUGGAGAUGCUUUACCUGGAACGUGUGAGGGAAACAAUGGAGACCUCAAUCGUGACCGGCUAGUCGUUUUCAGUUUCUUCAAGAACCAAGGAACAAAGAUUGUGAACAGCACGACGUUAUUUUGUAAACCAUCGUACAAAUUCCAACAAAGCACCGUAACCCUCGAUGAGUCGGGAUCGUUGCGAACGGUGGACAAUAGUACACUUCUCCAGACACCGGUAGGCCUUACUGCUACCGAUAUCUCCAACGCCGUACGGAACACUCUUGAGCAGUUUGACUACGGGAUCUUGCUUCCUGAACUGGCUAGUAAAUAUGGGAUAUGGGACACACAGGUUAGGUUUCGUAACUUCUUCAUGCUCAUGAUGAAGUCUCAAGGUUCGGAAAACAUCAAGGAUGUGUGGGAUUCUGACCUGAUGAUCAAGAGCGCACAAGAUGUUUUUCGAGGCGCGGCUGCUCAGCUUGCUAAGCGCUACUUCCUGGCUGCCAAUGACACCGACCCUCGGCCAGAUAUGAGCGGCACAGUGGACUAUGACCAGCAACGACUGUUCGUACGAACAACACCACUGCGGCUUAUGGAGGCUGUACUCGGUGCUUUGAUUCUAGUGUCUUUCUAUCUAGGUUGGCAAUCUCCUCAGGGCAAAACACCGCAGGAUCCAGCCUCCAUCGCUCGACUAGCGUCUAUCAUUUCUCAGAGCAAAGAGUUUGUUGAUAUCAUGUCGCCAACGGGAUCUUGGCGAGUCCGAAAUCUGAAGCAUCUGCUCAAACAAGAUUAUACGGCGAGGUUCGAACCAGCUGCCGAAGAUCAUCAUGAGCCGGCACCGAGCUUUGUUAUCGAAGGCCACGGGGUUAUCACUUCACAUUUGAUCGAAGAGAAAGAGAAGUACUGGCAGCCCAUGAUGACGUCUUGGUAUGCUCGACUCGCUCUGCCGGUAAUACCAGUGAGCAUUGUCAUUGCACUCGAGAUUCUGUUCCAGCAGUCCCAACACAGUAAUGGUCUGUUGAACGUCACACCAGACAAACAGACUCAAAUGGGAUUUACAUAUGUCCCAGCUUUGGUCAUGGUUCUUACGAAGCUGCUGUUUUCUGGCUUCGACUUCAACCUUCGGAUCUCUGAUCCCUAUGUGCAGCUCAAGAAAGGUUUCGCGAAAGCAAAGCCAAGUAUUCUCAACAAAACUAUUUACAGCUGGAAAACAGACGCCUUCUGGACCGCUCUGAUGACUGGGCGUACUGCCGUGGGUGUCUCAGCGUUGGGUGUGAUGAUGGCUUCCUUCCUUACAGUUGCUGCAUCCGGUCUAUACACCACGAUACCGAUAUCACACGAUACACCUGUUAAUCUUACCCGGCUAGAUCAGUUCUAUGAUCCGACGAGUAUGACAUCAGUUUUAUCCAAUAGAUCCGGUAUUAGCUACUCGACUGCUCUUGCGGCACGACUGACCAUUUACGAGAAGACGAGCAGUCCAAUGUGGACGUAUGGGCAACAUGUGGUACCUAAGUUAUCUCCAUCCCCCACUGUGACACGAAAUUUGAGUGCUGCGUCAGCUGUCGACUUGGAAAUUCCAGUGCAAAACGGCUUUCUGACGUGCCAACUCGUUUCGUCAAAGGAUAUUACCCUCAACUAUACGCAUUCGCUAAAUGGGACGGUGAGCGGAGUCAGGGCUCUUUGGCCGAUGCCAGAUUCAUCAGAAUGUGAGAAUCUCGUUUCAGAUUCCCAGGGAGAAGUACAAAUCCUCGGGCUCGAAGAUGGCCCUUUUGCCGAAUGGACCAAUUUUAGUUUCCUAUCUCCACGAUACUGCCCUAGUUCAUGGGGCAUGUACGGUAAGUGGUUGGGGAAAAAGGUCAUCGAUCUCAACGUCCUCUUGUGUUGGAGCUCGAUACAAGAGUCGAAAGCUUCUGUUCAAUUGUCAAUACCAGAGGGGAGAGUCCAAUCUCUGGUCAUUGACGAGAGUACGACGAGGAACAUAUCUGAUACAAUGGACACACAGCUGGACAUUGGCAACGUCAUUUUCAAUUUCAAGACGGCGGCGUCCAGCAAUAUUGAUCAAACCUUUGACAUUUUCCUUCGCAACAAAACGACUGGUGUAUUGGACUCUGAGCCUCUUCGCCGCGAGAACUGGGAUGACCUGUAUGCGCGAAUCCAACAUGCGUAUGGCUUAGCAGUCGCCCAAGUCCUUACCAACCAAGGCCGAUACACCAAUCUGACAACGGAGAACGCCACCAUCCUCGCUACAGCGACAGAUUCCUUGACGUUUCGCCUCAAGCAGAGUCUCAUUUCGACGCGCAUCCUCCAAGGAUUACUCAUUGGCAUGACAGUAUGCGCGCUGAUUUCGCUUUUCACGCUGAAGAUGUCCCAAGUCCUACCAAAAAAUCCAUGCAGCAUUGCUGCACAAGCAAGUCUGGUGGCUGGAUCAAAGAUGAUGGCAGAUUUGCCAGCUGAGGCACAACACAUGAAAGACAAGGAGUUUAAUGCGUUGUUUGAGGGCGCGAGAUACAGGAUGGGGUGGAGUGAUGAAAACGGAGCAGGGCGAUUCGGAAUUGAUGUUGACCAUCGGCUACGUGAUGUCUCAGUGUCUACGGGAAGAGCGGAUUGAAAUCUGCAUUCCCAGCAACCAUGUGCCGCAAGACUUUGCAAGGGAAUGAGUCGGGCAACCUGAGAAAAACGAUCGCCAGCCCCAAAGCCCAGCUAGCCUUUAGAGUUCACCACGCCCUCGGCCCCGCGGAUGCAGCUUGCUUUUGCCCGAACCAGCGCGCAGGGAUCAGGGUGUC